UUAUAAGCACGAACUUUAUGUGAAACAGACAUGGCUGAUAUCAAAGUCAGUUUUGUUAUUUUUCUUGCACAUAUUUCUAUGACUUGUACUUACAACACUGAGCAAAGUUUAGAAGAAAUAUUUCAGCAACUAGAUGUAUUAGCUAAAAAAGUUGUAACUUUGGAAUCGAAAAACGAACUAUUACAAGAGGAACUAAAUCGACAAAAUGGUUCACUUCAAGAAUUUAAAACCAAGCUUGUUGGAGAUUACUCCGAUCUUGGAAGGAAACAACAACUACUGAAACAGGAGUUAAAAGGAAUGAAAUAUAAAGAUUUUGAAACAAUCAAGAAUGAUGUCAAAGAAAUUAGAGAUUCGCUGAAAUUGACCAACGUGACACUGCAGAAUAGAGCUGAUAUUCAAGAAGGGAAAAUCAAAACAUUGGAGACCAUACAGAACAACGUCAGCAUUCUUAGUAGUAAACUUGGGGAAGCCCCUCCAUCAUUUUAUGCAAUGCUGACCUCCACCGUUCCAAUUCGAGGAUCAAACCAAACCAUUAUUUACGACAAAACAGGAACAAACAACGGUAAUGCGUACAACACGUCUACUGGUAUCUUCACCGUGCCGGAAACAGGAACGUAUGUCUUCACCUGGACCGCCUUCAGUUACGUCGAAGAGUACGUGCGUCUAGAAAUCGUUGUUGGGGGAACAAUUUAUGGCGGAACUCUGAGCGACACACAGGAGACAAGCGAUGCAGAUACAGAAACAGCCAUCGUUGUCGUCAACGCAAACGCCGGAGACGAAGUAUUCAUCCGCAGUCAGAGUGAGGACCCCGGCCAUGGCCACUUGUACGUGGAGCAUGAGUGUACGUCGACUUUCUCCGGAUGGAAAAUUUCCUAAGACCUACACUCGUGAUUUAUUACGCUACCAUAGAGCUGUGUACUCGUAUAUAAAUAUUAACUUUUGGUAGUUUGUAUCUCUUUGAUAAACUUUACUGUAAUAAGCAUAUUAAUUGUCAAUAAUUACAGGCUAACCAAGUAUGCUGAAUAAUGCUUACAAAAGAAUCAUUGAUAAGAAACUGAAUUUAUGAUAAUUCGACUUGUCAGAAAUACUGUUAUGGAUGUUAUAUUAUUUCCUUGCAGAGAACGUCCCACAAUGUUUCAUAAAAACUGAAUGCCGUUCUUAUCUGUCAUUUUUUGAGGUUGAACUGUUGUAUAGAUGAACAUCAGAAUGUUAUAAAGAUGAUUUAAUUCAGUUCUUUAGAUGCCUAACAACCAAGCUUUAUGAUAAACGUGAUGACUUCUGGAUCAAACUUCCCUUAACUUAUGUAGCGAUAUACCCUUAUCACCUGCAUAUGAGGUUUUAUAUAUGCCUCUCAGUUGAUUCGAUACGCAAGAGCAUGCUCUACGUACGAACAAUUUUUAAAACGAGUCAAGCUAUUGACAAACAAGUUGAUGAAACAAAAAUAUCAACAGUCUCGUUUAAAGUCAUCAUUUGGCAAGUUCUAUAUAUGGUCGAUACAUUGACCUUGUCAGUAAAUAAAAUCUAUCAGUAAGUCAAUUGCUGACUGACAAUUUUCAUACUAAUUUUUAGGCCAUUAUUUACAUACUGAAUUGUAUACAGUUUUUUCCGUUUUACCCGAUCAAUACAAGGAGCACAUGGCGGGCGUGAGACCGGUCGGCAGGGGAUGCUCACUCCUUCAUGGCACCUAAUCCCACUUCUGAUGUUUUAGAGGUCCGUGUUUGUUCUGCUCCUGAAUUGUAUUGUUUAAAUAGACUUUUAAGCUUGAAUACUGUUCGUUAUCUUCAUAUUUCAUGCAUAUAACACCUUAAAGUGGUUGUGCCUUGGUACUUCUAUAAUAAUUUCUAUAACGUGAAUGUACACGAUGUAGCAAUUUUAUAAUACGCACAUAUAUAAGUUCAAUUUAAUACAUAUUUAUUAAAAAUUCGGCAUUUAUUGUAUGUUUCAAAAAAACUGUGUUCAACCCUGUUCAGCAGAGCAAUUAUGAAUGUUUCAUAUUUCAAGUACAAGUAUCUCAUAAUGUACCGCAGCGGAGAAAAAGUAUCAGAUUACAUAAAUAAAGUACUUAGAUUGGCCAAGAAAAAAAUGUGAAGUGAUCCAAAUAAUAACAGAAAGAUCAUAUAAACCUGUUCGCCAAAAAUAUAUAUGAUAUACAUUCAUUAUCGUAUUGCUUACCAGGUUGACAAUUUUGUCAUGCACUGCAUGUGUUUUAAGAUUAUUAGAUUUAUAAAAGCCCUAUUUAAUUAGCAUGUGAUCCUUUUGCAGUUGCUUUAUUUACAUCUAUAUGUACUUAGGUGCUAAUUUUUGAUAUUUUUUUUUAAAUAUUGAGUAUUUGUCUAGUUGAUUCAUUCAAAAUAACAGACAUGGGAUUGACUGUUAUACAAGUCAAUUAUCACCAAAAUAAUACCAUGAAUAUAAAUGUAAAAGCCACGAGCCUGUAAAGCUUGCAUGUGUUAUUUUAAAAGAAUAUUGAGAAUACACAAACUAAGUGUCGUGUACAAGUACCAUUGCUUCACUUGAUUUUAUUCAUAUGAACAGUAUUGUAAUCAAAACUGUCUAUAUCAAGAUAUCAUUCAAACUGUUCAUCAAUAAAAUUUUAUUCAUUUA